CCUAGACCUUCCCCAAAAUAAUCCAUUUUGCAGUGUUACGUAGCAAUGGCAGCAGCUCUCUUGGGAGGAGCUGCUUUGGGUCCAGUAUUCGACCGACUUCUCAAAGUAGUUGUUGAUUUUGGCGUAAACAUUGCCACUUUCCGUUCCGAAUUCCUAAGCUUGAAACAGACAUUAAUCUACAUCAAACCAGUAUUCGAUGACAUUGAGAGGCUAAGCAAAGCCCUAGACGGCCGAAAUGAAGAAAUAGACAUGUUUAAGAAGCAGUUGAUGAAAGGUGAAGACCUAGUCCUCAAGUGUUCCAAGAUUAAAAGCUACGACCCUUUGAAGUGGAAUUACUCCAGAAAACUAACGAAGUUGGAAAAUUCACUAAUGAAGGUCUGCCAGAUAGACGGUAUAUUUCAGCUGCUUAGGGAUAGUAAAUCGACUCGGGUUAAUGUUAUUGAAAAUCGCAACAUAUUGGAGGAGAUCCACUCGAUGUUGAGGAAUGUUUCAUUGACGAGAUCCGGGAGUAGUAUUGUAUUUACAAAUUCUAGUGGUUCUUCAGGGUGGAUGAAUGGUUCUAGUCUUGGGUUUUCAGGAUUGUCUAAUAUGCCUCAAGUUUCUGAUUCUAUGGUUGGAUUUGAAGUCCCACUUCAUGAAUUGAAACAGAAAUUGAAGCUGCUUCAGGAGAAAGAUCAAGUCCUGGUUCUUUCUGCUCCUCCAAUAAUUUCUUGUACCAACACACCUCAUGGUACAACCUUACGAUAAAAGCUGUCUUAAAACUUUCGAUGUCACUUGACCAUUAUAGGGGAAACGCACUUUACUACUAAGGAAAUAUAAAAUCAACCAGAAGGAUUAGUUAGAACUAUACAGAGGAAAUUUGUGCUAACAAACAUAGUCAUACACAAGCCCUAAUACUAUAAGCAUCUUAACUUACAAAAACCAGAAAGAGCACAUGAUUUGUUUGACACAAAUGCAUAUAAGGAAAGUACAAGAAUUACAACAUAACAAAACUGUAUGACAUUAUAAAAAGAUUAUGAACUCAAGUAUGGAAACUCCAUUACUUUUUCAGCCAAUUCCUCCUAUGGUGAUAGAAGAAAUAAUUCAUGGGCAGA